UGUUGGGCAAUGAUAAGUUUCAGUGAUGUAAUGACAGGUAAUGUUAGUGUGGUAGCUAGUGCAUUGAAGAUAUAUAUAUCAUUACAUAUAUAGAUGUGAUUAGUCGAGUGUUUUUGUAGGAGAGAAUUAGGGACAGCCCAGGUAAUAAAUACCCUUCAAGCAGCGCCACUGCAAAAUGUCCACAUCAAUAUUAACAAAGACUUCCUUCUUCCAUUUUAGUUUCUGUUAAAUGAAGCGACAAAUAUCGAUCUCUAGACAACUUGUUCAAACUCUUAUAUAUAUAUCUCUUUGCACUACUCGCUAAUAACCGAAACAAGAGAACACCCCAAAACAAAGACAGAGGAAACAAGUACAAAGGAACAUGAGCAUGGAAGUAGAAGCAAAACAAAAGAAAGAGAUAGAGAAGGAAGACAUGGAAGAAGAGGCAAAGGUUGAAGCAGAAGGAGUAGUCGUGAGGGCACAACCAUGGACAAAGCAAUUAACAAUAAGAGGAGUAAUAGUGAGUGCUGUGAUUGGAGCGAUCUAUAGUGUGAUUGCAAUGAAGCUAAACCUUACAACUGGAUUGGUUCCUAAUCUGAAUGUCUCAGCAGCACUUCUUGCUUUCGUGUUUAUAAGAACAUGGACAAAGAUUCUUCAUAAGGCAGGAUAUGUAGCUAAACCUUUUACUCGGCAAGAGAAUACCAUGAUUCAAACUUGUGCAGUUGCUUGUUAUAGUAUAGCUAUUGGAGGUGGAUUUGCGUCUUAUCUUUUGGGAUUAAACAGGAAAACAUACGAAUUAUCAGGAGAACACACUGAAGGGAACUCCCCAAGAGCUAUUAAGGAACCUGAGUUUGGUUGGAUGACUGGCUUCCUUUUUCUAGUUUGCUUUGUGGGUCUUUUUGUCUUAAUUCCACUUAGAAAGAUCAUGAUAGUAGAUCUCAAAUUGACUUACCCAAGUGGAUUGGCAACUGCGGUUCUCAUUAAUGGCUUCCAUACCCAAGGAGACAAGAUGGCUAAGAAACAAGUACAUGGGUUCAUGAGGUACUUCUCAAUCAGCUUCUUGUGGGCAUUUUUUAAGUGGUUUUAUACAGGGAAAGAAGUGUGUGGAUUUUCACAAUUCCCUACUUUUGGAUUGCAAGCUUGGAAGCAAACGUUUUUCUUUGAUUUUAGCGCCACUUUUGUGGGAGCAGGGAUGAUCGUUUCUCACUUGGUGAAUUUGUCUUUGCUUCUUGGAGCUGUCCUCUCAUAUGGGAUCAUGUGGCCACUUAUUAAUAAGCUUAAGGGAGAUUGGUUCCCUGUCAAUACAGAAGGUGAAGCUGACAUGAAGGGCUUGUACGGUUACAAGGUGUUUAUGUCUGUCGCUCUGAUCCUAGGAGAUGGGCUCUACAAUUUCGUUAAGAUAAUAAGUUUUACCCUGAUCAAUGUUCAUGGCAGAAUAAAGAAAAAGAACCUAAAUGCAGCUUUGGAUGAACAGGAGAAGUCACUUGAUGAUCUAAAACAAAAUGAACUCUUCGUCAGAGAGAAGAUACCUAUGUGGGUGGGGCUCGCUGGAUACAUCUUCUUCUCCGUUAUAUCGACAAUUGCAGUCCCAAUGAUAUUCCCUCAGCUUAAAUGGUACUAUGUUGUUGUUGCUUACAUUCUUGCUCCAUCCCUGGCAUUUUGCAACGCUUAUGGGGCUGGUCUUACCGACAUAAACAUGGCUUAUAAUUAUGGGAAAGUUGCCCUCUUUGUGCUGGCAGCAUUAUCUGGGAAAGAGAACGGUGUGGUGGCAGCACUUGCUGGGUGUGGACUUAUUAAAUCUGUUGUUUCUGUUGCCUGCAUCCUGAUGCAGGAUUUUAAAACAGCUCAUCUGACUUUUACUUCUCCAAGAGCAAUGUUCUUGAGCCAGGUUAUUGGCACUGCAAUUGGCUGUGUGAUGGCUCCUCUGAGUUUCUUCAUAUAUUACAAGGCGUUCGAUAUUGGGAAUCCACAAGGAGAGUUUAAAGCACCUUAUGCACUCAUUUACAGAAACAUGGCAAUUCUUGGAGUUGAAGGGAUCUCAGCUUUGCCCCACCAUUGUCUGCAGCUUUGUUAUGGCUUCUUUGGUUUUGCAGUAGCAAUUAACCUUGUGAGAGACCUCUCGCCACGAAAGCUUGGCCCAUGGAUGCCACUCCCAAUGGUCAUGGCAGUGCCCUUCCUUGUCGGGGCUUACUUUGCCAUCGAUAUGUGUAUUGGAAGUCUAAUUGUUUUCUCAUGGAAUAAGCUCAACGGCAAGAAGGCGGAGUCAAUGAUACCAGCGGUUGCUUCAGGAUUAAUAUGUGGAGAAGGACUGUGGACUCUGCCAGCUGCUGUUCUUGCUUUGGCCAAAAUAAAUCCACCCAUCUGCAUGAAAUUCGUAGCUUCCUAGACAAUAAAACUAAGUUAGGAGGGUAGUCCUUCCCUGUGUCAAGAUCCAGUGCACCAAGCCAAUAAAAAAGAGACAGUUUGAAGUUCUGGAAGUGAAAGGAAAAGCUGUUCAUAUCAUCUCCUUUUCAAUUGGCUUGACGCAUUACAGUAUUAGACCUUGAUGCAGACAAGAAUUUUCUAGGAAAAAUAAAGAUUCAUAGGCACAGUAGUCCCUGGUUCUGGAAAUGAGUGGCCUUAGCUAUACUAAUCGCCUGCUCCGGGGGCAUACCCUUUGAGUUAUUAAAUCGAAACAGGAUACUGUAGUUUCCAGAGAUUUUAUAUCAUAGCGUCUUGGUACACAUUAUUUAUUUUCCCCUGCUUUGACAGGUUAUUCCAA